AACCAAACAGCAUUUGGCGCCCAUCGCUUCUCUCUCUCUCUCUCUCUCUCUCUCUCUCUCUCUCUCUCUUUUUCUCGCGAAAAGGUUUGUGAUUUGAAUUCUGCGAUUUGAAUCCGUUAUCGAGAGACGCCAGGAAUUUUGAAAAAUACGGAGAGAGAGAGAGUGAGUGAGUGAGUGAGUGAGAGAGAGAUGGGUCCCUUAUUUUAAUCUGUCCAUUUUUGUAUUUUCUCGAGAAACCUCAAUUCCUUUCUCUCUCCUCCGCUCCUCUCGCACUCUGUCUCUUUCUCUCUCUGUUGACGGCUUUAAUUUGAAACUGUUCUUCUGCUCGCAGACGCACAACUUCGUCUUUACUAUUAAUUCAUACACCGACGACCCCAAAUUUCUCUACUCGUUUCUGAUUUGCCCCAAAUUUUCUCUCAUGCGGUCCUGAUUUGGACGACGCCGUCGUUUCCAGGAUAAGGCAUGAAUAGGUGUGAAGCCAACUUUGUCUCACCCUAAUAGACCACAGAUUUAAAGUACUGGCCAUAAUAGCAAUGGCAUCUGCAAAUGCUUAUUUUGAUGACAUGCGGAGCAAGCCUGAGGUUAUUGAUCCUCCCCAAAGUGAAAACAUGUUGGAUGUCAGUGAACAUGUGAAUGAUCCUGCUCAAAAUGCUCUAAAAUCUAAUGUGACUGUUUCCAGUAGUGUCCGUGAGCUGUUGGAGUGCCCUGUGUGCUUAAAUGCUAUGUAUCCUCCUAUCCAUCAGUGCUCAAAUGGUCACACAUUGUGCUCUGGUUGCAAGCCCAGGGUGCACAAUCGUUGCCCCACUUGUAGACAUGAACUUGGCAAUAUUAGAUGUUUAGCAUUGGAGAAGGUGGCUGCAUCCCUUGAGCUUCCUUGUAAAUAUCAUAAUUUUGGGUGCGUGGGCAUAUAUCCUUACUACAGCAAGUUAAAGCAUGAAUCCCAAUGCGUCUUUAGACCCUACAACUGCCCUUAUGCUGGAUCAGAAUGCACUGUCGUUGGUGAUAUUCCCUAUCUGGUGGCCCACCUGAAAGACGAUCACAAAGUUGACAUGCACAAUGGCUGCACUUUCAACCAUCGGUAUGUCAAGUCGAAUCCGCAUGAAGUUGAAAAUGCCACAUGGAUGCUGACGGUUUUCAGUUGCUUUGGUCAGUACUUCUGCUUGCAUUUUGAAGCUUUUCAGCUUGGAAUGUCCCCUGUUUACAUUGCAUUCUUGCGGUUCAUGGGUGACGACAACGAGGCAAAGAAUUACAGCUACAGCCUAGAGGUGGGAGGGAAUGGGAGAAAGAUGAUAUGGCAAGGGGUGCCAAGAAGCAUAAGGGACAGCCACCGGAAGGUUCGUGACAGUUUCGAUGGUCUCAUCAUCCAACGCAACAUGGCACUCUUUUUCUCGGGAGGAGACCGGAAGGAAUUGAAGCUUAGAGUGACUGGUAGGAUUUGGAAAGAACAGUGAUGGCAUUCUCUCCCCCUAAUGUAACUUCUCUCCUAUGUUGUUACCUUCAAUGCUAUCGUAGGUAGGUUAGUAUCUCUCUCUGUAGUAGCAAUGCGAGUUACGAGAGUGUAUUUUUUUGGGACUGGAGGAGAGGCAAAGGCUCUUUGCUUGUCCAUGCAUUCAUCAGAUGAGUGGAAAACGCACUGCUUUGUUAUCAUGAAGAGAUUUAGAUAUUGAGGAUAAAGUGUAAUAUAGCCAAUUGCCAUUUAUCUGGCUUCAUGCA